GUGUUUUGGUGCAAAACUUUUGCGCUCCCCGAAAAAUUUAAAGUUUGGACAGAAAUUUUACAAAUUACUAUUUUAAAACUAGUGCCAUUUAUAGAAAGUGCAGACAGUUAAGUAGGUAAAGUGUUUUCCUCAGGUGGUGUGUCGAUUUUAGUGGAGAAAUUCAUUUGGAAAUAGCUCCGGUUCAGUGCUAGGGAAAUCCAAGAUGGCGCCCACGCCGGAGGAUGAAAUAACAUUGCACCUGGAAUAUUGGCCGGACGAGCUGAGCCCGGCCCAAAAGGUAGCCUAUGAAAAAGCGGAAAAGGAACAUAACGAUAUCAGGAACAAGCUGAAGGACCUCGUCAAAGAAUCUGGGGGUAAGAAUAUUUUCUCCGGUGAGGUGUUUACCGCCUAUCAAGUGUUGGGACCGGUUCCCGGGUUGGAGCAAAUAUCGAAACCGAUAACAUCGUUGAAAAAGAAACCGCCCCCACCACCGGUGACUCCCAGCAGCUCGAAGCGCAGUGCUUCCCCAAUGCUAGAAAGCGGAAAACGGAAGAGCCGAAGAUCGGAUUAUAAAGUCGACGAUGAUAAUACUGGUGGACAAGAUUUCGUUCCGGAUGACGAUGAUGAGGAGUACAUUCCGCUUUCCAAGCGACUGGAAAUGAAAAAGAGGGCAGCAAAGGAAGCCGCCUCUAAGGAACAAAGUAAGAAGAAAGACGAUAAGAAAAUGCCAGAAAAGAAGGUGGACAUGAAAACACCUAAGAAACCGGAUAAACCUCAAAGCAUUACCGCCAGCAAUGUUCGUCCGACGGAAUCGACUGCGAUCGGAGGACUGCUUAUCGGUGGCGAUAAGGAGAAGAAAAAGAUCACCGCUGAACCCACGGCUAUUGUUGAUCUCACUAAGGAUGACAGCGGCAAGCCGGCUGCUGAUUCUAGGGAGGUCUCCUUCAGCAAAAUUCAAGGCAAGACAUUCCCCUCGCUGGUGGUCAUUGCAAGACCGUCACUUCGAGCAUCAGACAAAAUUCCUGCCGAUCGACCGCAACUGGAUGCGAAAGUCAAAAACGUUCUCAUGCACACUGCCACCAAGUUUACAGAGUGGCUCAUUCAGCAGGGAUUGGUCAAGUCGGAACAGUACUGCCAGAUCCAUCGGGGUACGCCUUUGAAGCUGGGAAUGUACUCGGAUGCCUCCAAGUUUCCCUACUCGGGAGGAUACGUUUGGAUUAGCGAAUGCUGUCCGACGCGUUUCAUUUCCGUUUUCAGCGGAUCUCCAUUCGAGGGGUCCCCACAUCCGCCAUCCGUUAUACUUAAGUUGAUCUACCACUGGAGCUGUCAGACGAACGUUUCCAACGUGGUGAACUGGGUGAAGGUGGACAAUCUGUACGUAAAGGGUCUCUACACUUGGUUGCGGUCGAUCUGUACGGUGGCCUUGUCACAGCACAUGCAAUUGAUGGGCGGUAUUGGCAAGAAGAUCGAGGUCGGAGUCAUUUCGCUUGGUACGACUACACAGGAUGGCCAACAACGUCAAGUCAAGGUAGAAGUACUGGGCGUUCUCGAUCCGGAAGCUAAGGUAGUUCGAUUGAGAGCCGUUGAGCCGCUCAGCGAUGGUGAACGAAACUACAAGAAACGUUUCUCGAAGAUCCUGGAACCGCUGAGUGGUUGGGUUCACAAGGACAGUGUCAUUUUGACGGAUCUGACCGUAGAUAAGGGCACCCUGAACAAUAUGGGCUACAAAAUCGUACAACAGGUUUCGCCUUCCGAUGCGAACAACAAGAACAGCAAUGCCAACAUCAUGGACUAUCUGCGCCGGAUCGUACCGCGCAUGUUCCAGAACACGCUGUCGCUGCUGUCCCGGCAGAUCAUUCAGCAGUUUUUGAACGAGCUAGUUUGGCGCGAAAAGUACGGCUAUUCACCGGGUCAAACGUUUGACAACAUUGUGGCGCACAUUGCCGAGCAGACGAGAAUCGAGACCAAGGACAAUCUGGUGACCCGACUGAAUAAGGCCGCUGCCGAUCCGUUCAAACACUGGACCUACCCUGUUGAGACGUACAAUAUAUCCAAACCGGGGGCGAAGAGGGGUCGAAAGCCCAGGGAGCAAUCUCCCCCACCGGCGGCACCGGAAGCCCCGAAAAAGAUUCUGCUGAAAAAGCUGAAGAAGGAGGAGGAGAAAGCCGUCGGCAGUUCUUCCUAUCUGAGCACCCUGUACGGACCGCCGAAGAAAUCCCGUGCCCCACCGGAGGAAAAAGAAGAAAUAAUCCCGCUGGAACCGUACUACUACGGACAGUACGAUCCACCCGGCGGUGAGGUGAAGGAAGGUGCCGAGCCGAUCGACUUCAGCGUGACCUGCCCGGACUGCCCGACCACGUUCCGCAACAAUGCCGACUUCCAGGAUCAUCUCUUCCGCCACGCCAAUCCGAUAACGGAUGGACAGGUGCAGUGCCGCUACUGUUUGGAGAACUGGGCUACCGAGGAUGCCCUCAAGAAGCAUACUGUGCUGAUCCAUUCACUGGAGACUAAGAACUCCGUGGCUUCCAGCUUCAAUUGCUUGAUUUGUGAGCAACGUUUCGGUACAACGCAAAUGUUGACAACGCACAUGCAGAAGAUUCAUCUGCAGCUAGAGCUACCGUACAAGUGUGCCGGUUGCGAUUAUAAGAGUUCCUCUCACCAUUUGACGAUCGACCAUUUCUACAAGAAGCACAACCGUUCCGGACUGAUCCAGUGUCCGUUCUGUCUGAAGAUGACUUUGGUCUGCAAUGCCGAGGGACCGAUCGCCGAGAAUGUGAACGAUUUCAUGAAGCAUCUCAAGAUGCACUUCAACCGUACCCUCUCGAAGAAGUGUGGCAAGUGUGCGUUGAGUUUCAUCACCCGUGGGGCGCUCAAGAUGCACGGAUUGUUCGGCCAUGUCGUUGCAAAGCCCGGUCCGGCUUUGAAAUCGAUCACCAAAUCGGUGACCAACAUUCAGAAACCGAAGUCCAAGGCAGUAGUCCAGAAGGAGCUGACUACAUUCAAAACAGUGGAGUCAUUCGGCAGCUUGGUACUGAACAUGCCGUGCGGUAAGAUGUGUCUCGAGUGCGACAGUGACUUCGAUGAGGACAGCCACAUCAUUGGAAUGCUGAAGUGCAUCAAGUGCACCUACAAGACGGCAUGUCUUCCGUCGAUGGUUGGCCAUACGGCGUCGUGCAAUCCGAAUGCCAUUUCCGAUUAUGCCGUCUCGCAACUGGAGCUUGAAAUGCACUGCAUCUGUGGUUUCUCGUCGUCAGAUGGCAAUGCUUUGGCGCGCCAUCUGGUCACGUGUGAUCGCAAGAGUGUCUACUCGACAGUUGAAGCCUGCCAGGAGAAUACAGUUAAGCGAAAUAUGCUCGAUAUGCUUGGUUUAGUUCGUCGCGAGGAUGAAGGCGGCGACGAAGCCGCUGAGACUCCAACACCAUCCAGCUCUACGGUAGCUGAUGGUGCUGAAGGGGAAGCUCAACCGGAUCAACAAACUGGUGAUUCCGGCAGUGGCAACACUUCGAUUGCAUACGAUCCGUCCCAGUCGUUGUAUAAUAUUGCCGGUACGGGCAAUGAGCAGUUCAAUACUCAGCUGUCGCUGGACGACCUAGGGCCGCCCUCGGUGUUGGCCCAGCAGCAGCAGGACACUGACCGCACUCCGCAGUUAAAGGACGACUAUCAGUCGCUGGCUACGCCGAGGGUUCCCCACAUGGAUACCGAUCAAGGGGAGUACGACCAACAAGAAGGCGGAUUUUAAGCGGAAUGGCUUCGGUAAUUUUCCUAUUAUAUUUCGACGAAUGCAGUAGGUAGAGGUGAGGACUAAAAGAACUUCGACGAUGUAGAGCGCGAAUUGAAAAUAACAUAGAUUU